CUCCGAACAGCAGGUGAUUUCUGCAGAGAUCUGACGCUCGCGACGCGCUGCUCUGACGAUGCGUUUCUCUGUCCGCUGCUCUGAGGAUCGUCUGUGGAGUUACUCAAUCUGACACUGACACUGACCACUGACCAUCGAUUCGACAGAGAUGAAGAGUUUACAGUCCUGAGCUGGAGCGCGGAAGAACUUAUUACUCUGAUGAAGUCACCGAGUGAAAAUAAAGAGUUUGCAGCUGAGAUGGAGGCGAUGCUUCAGAGCGCGGAGUAAAAGUGCGCCUGUGCUUGUGUUGUUCAGGGUCCUUCACUUCGGGUUGGACCUCAGGAGUGAAGGAGGGAUGCUGGACCUCUGGCCCUCUGUGUUUGCUCACUGCUUGAUCUCGUCGUGUCUUCUCUUGUGUCAGGCAGAGCUCCAGAGGUCUUGCUCUCAGCACGGCAUGAACAGAGGAGCAGAGCUGCUGUGCCCCUGCAGUACAUACCCUCCUGUACCUCCUCCACCUCCUCCUCCUCCUCCACCGCGAGGACUGACCGCUGCGGCUCCGGAGGCUUCUGCUCCUCUGCCGAGGCCCUGGUGGAUGGAGAUCAUUGUGCUUGGGAUGAUAGGAAGUGCUUUGGCUGUCUUUAUUUUGCUAACAGUCAUCAUCUGGUACAAGGCCAUAAAGAGGAAACCGAAAAAGAUGGAGAUGAAUGGUACAAACUGUGGAGAAGAUGCCAUGAGCUCUUUCAAAAAGACCAACACUGCUGCGGUGGGCACGAGGCGUGUGUGAAACCCAAAGGAAAUAUUUCCAGCUAAUCAUAAAGUCAAUGAGGUCGGAAUAAAGCAAAGCGAUCCAGAGCCCCUCCGGAUGCAGUUAGAAGGGACAGGGCUGCUGUGUUGAUCUGCAUCAGUGACAUUUGCAUGCGAUAAAUCACACAAACCCUAGCUAAUGACAGAUGUCUGACAAAUAGAUUUCAUAUAGCCGUUCAUUUUAUGUUAACACGUGCCAUGUAUUUUUAAACACAUUUUACACAAUGAUUUAUGCAACUUGGACUGGAAAUUUCUGAAAUGCAAUUUCUGAAACUAGGGGUGUGUAAUGCCAAUGCAAGAUUUGAUGCACAUGACACAGGUCAGAUGUUUUCAGAGCAUGACACUCCAGUCUGUUAUCUCCUCAAGGUUAGAACACUAAAUGAUCGUUAC